CACCAUGGCCCCGCGCAGCUUGCUACCGAGUUAGUUGUGCGAGUCCGGCCAGCACCGCGCGGGGACUCCGUGCCAGAACCGCACCUGCGAUCCCCAGAGUCCCGCCCGGCUCUCGCGGGCUCCUGCACCCGCUACGCAGCAACCCUACUGCCGCUCCAGGUCCCAGGAAGGUGGCGUCAGCAUCUGCAGCCGCGCCGACGUUGUCUGAGCCUCCGCGGAGGACCCAGGAGAGUCGGACUAGGACCAGGGCCCCGGGCCUCCCCACGCUCUCUAUGGAAAAGCCAGCUGCCUCAACAGAACCCCAAGGGCCUCGGCCCGCUUUGGGCCGUGAAAGUGUCCAGGUGCCCGAUGACCAGGACUUCCGCAGUUUUCGGUCAGAGUGUGAGGCCGAGGUGGGCUGGAACCUGACCUACAGCAAGGCCGGCGUGUCUGUGUGGGUGCAGGCUGUGGAGAUGGAUCGAACUCUGCACAAGAUCAAGUGCAGGAUGGAAUGCUGUGACGUACCAGCUGAGACGCUCUACGAUGUCCUGCACGACAUAGAAUAUCGAAAGAAGUGGGACAGUAAUGUCAUCGAGACAUUCGACAUCGCUCGACUGACUGUCAACGCUGACGUAGGAUAUUACUCCUGGAGGUGUCCCAAGCCCCUGAAGAACCGUGAUGUCAUCACCCUCCGCUCCUGGCUCCCCAUGGGCGCUGAUUACAUCAUUAUGAACUACUCAGUGAAACACCCUAAAUACCCACCUCGGAAAGACUUGGUCCGAGCUGUGUCCAUCCAGACGGGCUACCUCAUCCAGAGCACGGGGCCCAAGAGCUGUGUCAUCACCUACCUGGCCCAAGUGGACCCCAAAGGCUCCUUACCCAAGUGGGUGGUGAAUAAGUCAUCUCAGUUCCUGGCCCCCAAGGCCAUGAAGAAGAUGUACAAGGCCUGCAUCAAGUACCCUGAGUGGAAGCAGAAACACCAGCCACAUUUCAAGCCAUGGCUGCACCCGGAGCAGAGCCCGUUACCCAGCCUGGCGCUGUCAGAGCUGUCGGUGCAACACGCAGACUCACUGGAGAACAUCGACGAGAGCGCCGUGACAGAGAGCCGCGAGGAGCGGGUGGGCGGCGCAGGAGAGGGCAGCGAUGAUGACACCUCGCUCACCUGAGAACCGCCUCUCUUCAAGGACCAAGACAGGACUGGGGUGGAACCCUGGGGCACUAGCCUUCUGCACUUCCUCCCUUCCCCCACCUGCCUUUUGGGGGCACUGGGCUCCUGCUCAGGUGGCUGCGGCAUGGCUGGACAUGGCCCCAAUAAAUGAACCACACAGCCCCA